GCCAAAUCAAAAUGGCUGCUCCCAAAGUGGAUGCGGUUGUUUUAGCAGAAGAUGACGAAGAUUGGCUUUACGGAGAUGCGGAGAAAGAAAAAAAGCCAGAUGUUGUGGAACUUGACAAACAAAUUGAAGAUGGCAAGCCUGAGAGCAGUGAAAAGAAAUCCGAGGAGUCUGAGCAGGCCUUGGUCAGCAAUGGGGAUGAGCAGGACAAAGAGGCAGCAGGAUCUGGCGAUGACGACGAUGAUGAUGACGAUGACGACGAUGAUGUUCAAGUGACCAUUGGAAAUAUCAAAACAUGGACAGGCAGCGACUCCACCCCUCGGAAUCUCUUCAAAAGUGGACAAAAUUAUCAGAAACCUGGAGCCACGACUCAAGCCAAGCCAGCCCAGCCUGCCAAGGGCCUGGACAUUGAUGCAGUGGGAACAGUCAAUGGCACACCUGUCUACGAGUUUGACCCCAGUACGAUCAGCGCAGAGGAAAUGCCAUGGAGGAAACCUGGUGCUGACAUCACAGACUACUUCAACUACGGCUUUACUGAGGACACUUGGAAGUUGUACUGUGAGAAGCAACGAAUUCUACGGGCCGAGGCUUCUGGGAUGUCUGUCCCAACACAGAUCUCUCGUUACGUGCCCCCAUCCUCUGUGUCCAUGUCGUCAGUGACCUCCAUUUCAGAGAAAAAAUCAACUACUACAUCAUCUUUGACCGACACACACAGCAACCGCAGCAACAACAACAGUAGCAGCAGCAGCGGUGGUACCAGCAACAUCAUCACCAUCGGCGUGAUAGGGGGCAGCACCAGUCGGAGGAAGGACGACCGCAACGACCACCCGCUACCUAUCCCCAGCAGUUUUAACCGUAACAUGCCACCCCCAAACUUCAGCCAGCCUCCCCCAGCCUUGCCCAAUGCUAACAUCACGCCCAUCAUGCCAGGUCUUCACAUCCCACCGCCGUUCCCCCCUACACAGCCUUCAUUUGACCCUUAUUUUCCUCCAGCUGUGCCAGAUGCUAAGUGUAAAGAGGAUGAUUCUCCCUCCCCCAGGAGAACUCUGUCCCACCCACCCCCGCCAUUCCCCUACGGCAGCACAUUCCCGCCCACCCACCCGCCACCCUUUGGAGAGCCACCCGCUUCCAUCCCUGUCUCCACACAGUCCACACCAGCAUGGGAGUCCAGCUUCCCAGACCGGGAGCGUGAUCGCUGGGACGUGAAUCGUAGAGAUCGUGAACGGGAAGUCAGGGAGAGGAGCCCGAGACGGGACGAGGACCUUGAAAGGUACAUCCGGGACAGAGAGCGGGAUCAUGACCGUGACAGGGACCGUGAAAGGGAUCGUGGCCGUGACAUGGAGAGAGGUAGAGAGCGGAGCCGGGAGAGGAGUCGGGAAAGGGAGUCGUAUCGCGACCGGGACCGAGAGAGGGAUCGGGAUAGAGAUCGCGAGAGAGACAGGUCUCGUUCAAGGGACCGGGAGACGUCUCGUCAGAGAGACCGGGACGACAAACACAAAUCAUCUCGCAGCCGAAAACAUCGGGAGCGGGAUGACUCUGAUACAGAAUCCGUUCGCAGCACCAGCAAACACAAGAAGAGCAAGAGAAAGAGGGAGGACAAGGAGGAGGAGGCGAAUGGGGCAGCUGUGCCUGAGAAGAAGGACUGAGCCUCUUGAACUUGAUGAAGAAAGAGAGAAACAGAAAGAAAGAGAAACUGUGGAGAGGAAUUGAGAAAGUGGAGAGAAACAGAGAGAGAGAAUGAGUGAAACGGAGCCUCUUAGAUACAGGGUGAGACUGAGAACGAUUGAAAGUGAGAGGCUAUUUUUUUUUUACCUAUUCUGUGUCUACACACAUGCGCACACAAAAGAGGAAGAGGGAGGACAAGUGCUUCAAGAAAGAGGAGUCAAAUAGUGCAACCAUCUCUGAGGACUGGAUCUCUUGGAUAGAGAGAGACUCGGAAAGAGAGACAGAAUGAAUGAGGGAGAUAGAUAGAGAGAAGUUUAAAAGUGAUAGAUGGAGGUUAAAAAAGGAAGAAUUGUUUGAAAUGAAUGAGAAAAAAAUUGAAUUUGUUCUGAAAUGAAUGUUAUUGUAUUUUUUAAUUAUUUUUUUUUACUUGCAUGGAAUAUGAAAAGCUGCUCUGUUGUUGUUUCACUGUUGCUGCUGCAGGCGUUGUUGUUGCUGUUGCUGCUAUCAUUGUUGAUGCAAUAAUAACAGUCUUUGAGUUUCAGCUUUGGCUCAUCACCCUAAGGCCCUGUUGUAGAGGGUGACUGUGUUGAGUUAUUGGUCAUUCAUUGUCUCAGUAGUUCUGGAUUGGGGGGGAGGGGGAUUUGCAGCUGAAGGUACAGUGUCUGGGGGUGAGGUAUUCUGGAAUGGCCAUCGUGUUAUGAUUUAUGUAGUUUCCGAUCUUGGAGUAUUUCUAGAGCUGUGUGGUUUCUUCAUGAGCAAAAGGGUGAGCAAGUAGUUGUUUGAAAAGGGCAGUAGCCUUUACUUUGAGAGGGACUGACCCUCUUGGAUAGAGAGAGGGAAAGGGGGAGAUAAACACAGAUAGAACCUGAUAGAUCCUAAUGUUGCUCAGGCCAAGUUUUGUCUUUAUUACCCCCUGGACCCUGUCAUUUGAAUGGGCGUGACAGUCUUGUGAAGCGAGAAAAGAAAUUGUUGUAUGGUGAGUUGUUUCUGGUAGUGCGAGUCAAAAGUGAAUAAUUUGUUUUCUAUUCAUGUUCCGUGUCUUCCCUUUUAAAAAACUGGGAACAAUAAAAAAUCUGAACAAAAUAUUU